GAGGUGAAUAUUGUGAAUUGUCUAUUAAAGUUUUAACUACAUACGAAAUUCAAUUUACUACCUUUUUUCCCCUAAUACUAUUGUUAAUUUCGGCUUUGAAAUUUUAGUUUUUACUUAUGUUAUCAAACUAAAAGUACUUAGCUAUAUUUAUAUAUUAAACAAGUAUACUCAUGAACAAUUUUUCAAUUCUGAUUUCUCGAUAAUAAUAAUUGAUAUUUUCAAUUACAACAUGUCGGACCGAAAAGCAGAAUUAGAAAAAAAGAAAGCCAAGUUGCAAGCCAUCAGGGAACAAAAAGAACGACUUCGCAAAGAAAAAGAAAAGAAAGAUGGCGAUGAAGCUGUGUCAAGAGGAAUUAAUAUUGAAAAAGAUCAAGGAAAAGAAAUUGAUGAAAUGUUAUCAUCGCUUGGAGUUGCACCAGUUUCAGACGUAUUGUCAAGUUUGAAUACAUCGCCAAACAAAAGUGAACUAUACAGUUCUAUGUCAACACCCGAUUCUAGUAUAAAAGGAUCAUUACCUCAAACUCCUUCAACAUGCCCAAAACCUGCAAAGAAAACACGGGAACUGUCAAUUGUUUCAUUGUCAUCUACAAAUAUACCACCGAAGGAAGUAGAAUGCUACGCUAAAGCAGUUCAAACUACUCAUUCGUCCAAUGAACGUGACGGAUCCUGCACUUCUUCCCCUCUUAAAGGUUAUUUUGAAGAUUGGUGGAGGCCUAGAAAAGCCCAAGCAUUUGGUUAUUACGACGAAUACAACUUAAAUCCUGGCUUGGAGUGGGAAGACGAAUUUACAGUUCUUACGUAUGAUGAUGGCUCUGGUCAAGCGGAGGAUGAAGACAUCAGCCUUACAAACAUGUCUACUUUCCAAAGUAAGCUCCCGCCCGGUAUCUUAUCGCAUGGACUUCCUCAAGUGAAAGAAGUAGCUCCAGCUAUCACUUCUUUGGAAAGAGAAUCAACAGUCAAGGAAGAACCUAAAAAACUUCGAGAACUAAGUGAUGCAGAGAAGAUGAUGAUUAUUCAUUCUGAAGAUUUCCAACAGUUCAUGGAUCGGGCUGGUAGAGUUAUGGAACGGGCUUUAUCUGAAAAUGUUGAUAUAUACACUGAUUAUACUGGCGCUUCAAACGAUAAUGACUUAAAUGAAGACAAAAGCAGCACUAGGCUGUCAUUGACGCGUGUAUUUUAUGAUGAACACUGGUCUAAAAACCGUCUAGUUACCUCGCUGGAUUGGUCUCAACAGUUUCCGGAGUUAACUGUUGCGUCUUACAAUAUUUCUGAAGCUCCGCAUGAACCUGAUGGAGUGGUUUUAGUGUGGAAUACAAAGUUCAAAAAAAACUCUCCUGAAUAUGUGUUUCAGUGUCAAUCUAGAGUAUUAUCUGCUACGUUCGCCAGAUUUCAUCCGAACUUGAUUUUGGGCAGUACUUAUUCUGGCCAAAUAGUUUUAUGGGAUAAUAGGGCUCAAAAGAAAACUCCAAUACAAAGAACACCUUUAUCAAAUACUGCUCACACUCAUCCAGUGUACUGUAUUCAAGUGGUAGGCACACAAAAUGCACACAAUCUCAUUAGUAUAUCUACUGAUGGAAGGCUGUGUUGUUGGAGUUUAGAUAUGUUAACGCAACCAGUUGAAAGACUCGAUUUGACCGCUAAACAGUCUAAAUCAGUGUCGGUGUCAACUUUUUCAUUUUUACGAGAUGAUGUUAACAAAUUUGUGUUUGGUAGUCAAGAAGGUUCGGCCUUUUCUGCCUGUAGACACACCAAAAAGGCAGGAGUUGUUGAAAAUUAUGAAAGCCACAUAGCACCAAUCACAGCCAUUGAUACACAUCGUGUCGAAGGCAAUACUGAUUUCGGUCAUUUGUUCCUGACAAGUUCUAUUGACUGGACUAUUAAAUUAUGGAAUAUUAAGGAAUCUAAGCCAAUACAUUCAUUUGAAAAUAACAAUGACUACGUAAGUAGUGUUGCUUGGUCUCCUGUUCACCCAGCUGUGUUUGCCGCAAUUGAUGUUACUGGACGAUUAGAUUUAUGGAAUCUCAAUAAUAAUACAGAGUCGCCGACGGCCAGUACUGUUCUCGAUAAUUCUCCUUUAUUAAAGAGUCUUAUGUGGUCUCAGAACGGCACACACUUGAGUGUUGGUGAUGAGUAUGGUAAAAUAUCUGUAUUCCAAGUCGGAGAACAAAUGACACAACCUAGACACGAUGACUGGUCUAAAAUGUCAAACACUUUACAAGAAUUGAAAAGUAACCAAACAGAUGAAUUGGAUAAAUCUAUAAAUUAUAGUUCUGCUCCCUCAUCCAUCUCUUCAGCAUUUUCUAGAUCUUCGAGUAUUUUAAUGAAAUCUUAAUUUUUUUAUUUUAAUAUUAAAUAAUUUAUUAUGUUAUCGAUACUUCUUAAUUUAUAAAUUGUUUAAUGCCA